AUGGGCACUCAACUAGCUGACAUUAGAAACACAAUCAUAUCUGCAAUAAAGCAAACUCAAUACCUCAAAGCAAUAGUCGAAAGUGUACCUAGAGCAAUAGGAGAAGAAGGUGAAGCCGAAAGAUUAGAAGAAAUCAAAAGAAAUGCCAGAUAUGCUGAGGAACAGAUCGAAGCUUGCAUAAUGAAGCUUCAAAAAUGCCCCAAAAGCAUUCUAGACUCCAAGCGAAAAGCUGAACUUAGCAACGAAAGCAAAAGAAAUUACAAAGUCAAAAAGAAUUCCCACAUUCUAGAAGGCGUUUUCAAAGUAUCACUAUUAAAAUUUGGGAUCUUAGAUUUAUCGCCAGUUCCUGGCCCUGAGAUGAGACCUCAACUUGAAGAUCUGAAGGAAAACUAUAAGAAAAGGAAAGUGAUUGAAUCAUUUGAGUACUCUGAUGCAGGCAAGUCAGUUUAUAGGAUUAAUACAAAAUUGCUGUUCGGGAUCAAGCUGCUAAUGAUAUGCUCAGAAGGGACAGUCAAAAGAUAUGAAUUCUCGUUGGAAAGCUCCUCACUUAAUUUAAAUCAGUUUCUGUCGUUAGUAGAGUCAAGAUGGGAAACCAGCUUGGCCUGUGAAACCAGAAGCUUCAUGGCAUGCUUUAAUAAAUUGCUGAUGUGAAUGGAGCUUCACAAAAAUAUCUUUACCGAAAAAUGCUAUGUCUGCAACUUACACUUGUCAUUUCGUACCGGGUUUCCUAUGAUUCCUUUAAUUGUGGAAAAACAAGACGAAAAUUGGCCACCAGGUGCACUUCCUAUGUAGCAGUCUGACCAUCCUGAUGAAGCUAAAAGUAGAACCUCUGUCUAUUUUGAAGUAGGCCUUCAGGUUUAGGAAAGCCUUGCAGAAGAGGGAAGCUUUGCUUAUCCUCUAAAGGGUUUCCAGUACCUGCUAGAUGGGCUAGACAGGUUUUGCCUCUCACAUAUCUUUAUCUAUCGAUACUAUAGGAGCAGCCAACUGAGGGUGUUCUAACUUAGGAAGCUGAUCCUUAGGUUAGGUGAGUCUCGCCAGAAAUUCAAUAGGGUGGAAUUUUGGUUGGGCCUUACACCAUUUGCACUAAGGUGUAUAUGCACUUAGUAUAGCCAGCUUUCUGGGUCAAGGUAGUCUGCUACUGGGGGUCCCGCUUAUGAUCAUGCAAAACUAAUCACUUUAACUUUUUCUUUAAUCGUGCAUAACACUUUUGGAGAAAAGAGGUAUUUUCAUAUUCACUGCUACUUUGAUACCAACAUUUAA